AUGGCGUACGUGGACCACGCCUUCUCCAUCACCGACGAGGACGACCUGGUGGGCGGCGCGGCGGGGGGCCGGCCGCGCGGCGCGCCGGUCAAGGAGAUCGCCUUCGCCGCCGCGCUCCUCGCGUUCGGCGCGCUCGGCGUCGUCGCCGGGCUCGUCAUGGCCGCCCACCGCGUCGGCGGCGACCGCUCCCACGGGAUUUUCUUUACAGUGUUGGGCGUAGUGAUGUUCAUCCCUGGAUUCUACUACACGAGAAUAGCGUAUUAUGCUUACAAAGGGUACCAGGGCUUCUCUUUUGCCAACAUCCCUCCUAUCUGA